CUGAAUCCACCAAGGAAGAGUGCUUGCUUUUAAAAAUUUCGGCGCUUGCUUUAACGGUGAUGUUAAUCUUCGUCCGAGCUCGGGCUGGUUGAUUUCAGAAUGCAAGCAUUGUUUGGAUAUUUCAUAAAUAUUGCUGUCGUGACGAAAUGAAAGUGUGCUCUUACAAACGAUAGUAACCUUUUAGUCACCAGUGAGGAAACACAAUGGCAAGUGAUGUUUGCAGCCACGUGAAGGUGGUUGUUCGGGUGAGACCGACCAAUGAGAAAGAAAGGAAUGAAAAUGUUCACAACGUGGUCAAAGUUGUUGAUAACCACAUGUUGAUAUUUGAUCCAAAAGAAGACGUACCUUGUUUUGGUUCCCGAAGACCUCAGAAUAGAAAUCUCAACAAGAAGACCAACAAAGACCUUAAAUUUGUUUUUGAUCAUGUCUUUGGGGAGGAGUCCACUCAAGAUGAUGUAUUUGAGAACACCACUAAAGGAGUGCUGGAUGGUGUCAUGAAUGGGUUUAACUGCACAGUUUUUGCCUAUGGUGCAACUGGAGCAGGCAAAACACAUACAAUGUUAGGAACACCGAAUGACCCAGGAGUAAUGUACCGCACUUUGAAAGAUCUUUUUAAGCGCAUGGACGAUGCCAAGGAAGAUAAAGAAUUUUCUGUUGCCUUCUCCUAUCUUGAGGUUUAUAAUGAACAGAUUAGGGAUUUGCUGGCAAAUGCAGGCCCUCUUGCAGUAAGAGAAGACCGUGUCAAAGGUGUGGUGGUUCAAGGCCUUACGCUGCAUGAGCCAAAAUCUGCCGAGAACAUACUCCAGGCUUUGGAUUGUGGCAAUCGAAACAGGACACAACACCCUACAGAUAUGAAUGCGACGUCCUCCAGAUCACAUGCUGUGUUCCAGAUAUAUUUGCGACAGCAGGACAGAGGUGCUGGCCUGAAUCCCAAUGCAUGUGUUGCCAAAAUGAGCCUAAUUGACCUGGCUGGUUCAGAAAGAGCCAGUGCUACCAAUGCCAAAGGGCAGCGCUUCCGUGAAGGUGCUAACAUAAACCGCUCACUCCUUGCCCUAGGGAAUGUAAUAAAUGCCCUCGCCAAUCCCAAGAGCAAGCAGGCUUUUAUACCAUACAGGGACAGCAAACUUACUCGGAUACUCAAGGACUCAUUGGGAGGCAACUGCAGAACUGUCAUGAUUGCCAACAUCAGCCCCUCAUCCAAGUCAUAUGAUGACACACACAACACUCUGAAAUAUGCUAACAGGGCCAAGGAAAUCAAAUCUUUGCUGAAGAGUAAUGUUCUAAGCCUGGACAGUCACAUUGGCCAGUAUGCAGUCAUUUGUGAGAAACAGCGGCAACAGAUUGUACAGUUGAAGCAGAAAUUAAAACAAUAUGAGGAGAAAGCAAUGUCUUCCUCGACCACAAUACAUUCACAGAAGCAAGCAGAAGUCAAAAGGUUGUCAGAAUCUCUGCAGCGAGUCUUCUCCAACCGUGCCCAAAUCAGGACAGAACAGCUGGAUCUGGAGGGACAACUGAAGGAGAAUGAAUUGCGCCAGCGCUACAGUGAGGAGGACAACCUGCAGGUCCAAUACAUCUCUGCCAAAGAAAAGACUGACAAGGCUACCUGCAAACAUGAGCGAAAGAUUGCAAUGCUACGCACUGAGCAGCAGCACAUUCGUAAACGGCUGAAAGAAGCAGAAAUUCGCUUUCAAGAAAAUGAUGGCUUCCUUCAUCGUGCUGAGAAUGAGAUGAAAUUGUUGAAGUCAAAUGAUCAAGUAUAUCAGAUAUUAGAAAAAGACUUGCACUGUCACCGGCUGGAGCUUCAGGUAAAUGAUCUUCAACAACAUAUCAAGCAGAUAGUCAAAAUGACUACACUUCAAGAUCAAGAACACAAACGUAUGCAAAAAAUGCUGAAUGUGUUGCUGCCAGCAUAUAGUCGAUCUUACACUGCAGGGUAUGACGCUGGGCUAGCUACAUCUCAAGAUGAGUUGAAACACCAUGAACUUGAGCAGCUUGUGCUAAGAGAGCGUGGUGUGACCUGGGCAGACCAGGCAGGAGCAGACCAAGAUGUAAAAGAUUCAUCUGCCAAGAAAACCGCACAAGAGACAAAGGCAUUAGGAAACCUCAAUUUCUCCGGCGAAUUGGCACCUUUCUUGUCUUUCUCACAACUCCUCUACCACCAGAGUAGCCCUUGUAGUAGCAAAAAUCAAGAUGAUUUACUUGCUCCAAGAUGCGCUCGAAGAAAUCUCUCAAGAUUGCUGCCACCACAAAACCCAAAGCCUAUCCCUCAAGAUUUUGAGGAGGGUACUUUUCCUCUGCACUACACACCAGAAGCUGCACAAAGAGAUUUACGGUUUGGUUUCCCCACUGGCAUGGAUCUUAACUUGACUUUUGAAGCUCAACCAACAUCUCAGACCGAAGUAAUCAAUCCUGUCAGUGCCAAUGAAGCCAACCAGAUGCUUAACAAACGACACCAGACUUCUGCCUUACAAGAAACAAGACCACCCAAUCCUACGUACAUGGGCAUGACGUCAGCUGCGGAAGGAAAGCGGAAACACAACCGGGAGAAGGAUGAGAACCUUUCUGCACCGAAGCGUAUUAAGAAAACUCCCUGUGUUUCCACCAGGCCAGUGAGGGGUUCCAAAUUUUCUGCAUCAUUAGGUUCAGCAGAGAGCAAGCCUCAGAGAGCUGUGAGAGGGAUCUCUGAAGGCAAUCUGAACCUCCUUAGACCAUCCAAACCCAAGUCUCAAGUGGCCAAAUGGAUAUGAAGCCAUUGUAUGUCUGCCCCCCACCCCCAUGUAAAACAUUUUCAAGUAGCAUUUUAGGCUCUGUGAACCUCCUUUAUUUUUACUUGAUUAUUCAUAAACAUUGACCACACGCUCUCUUAAUAAAAAAAAAAAUACAAAUACAAAACGGAAUAUCACAGGCGUAUUAGAUGUGAGGGUGAAUUAAAUCUAAGCUAAAAAAAAAAAAAAAACUUUCACCAACUGCCUGCCAAACACUCCUGCUGUCAUUUUAUGACAAAAUUUUAGACUCAAAUCCUUUAAAUCCACUUGGUCAGAUUUUGUUUUGUUGCAGGGUCAGCUGUGGGAGUGUUCCAACAUCGCACCUGCAGUUAAUCCCAGCUCAUCAAUAGUAUAUAAACGCAGGCCAUGCAAGAGAAGGGCUAAUUGCAUUACGUAGUUACCCCUGAGUGUUUUGUUUUUUUGUUCGUCUGCUGCCCUCAUUUGUAUCCUCUACCUUGUGCAGGUUUGAGUGGGGGGGGGUUUUUGUUGUCCUCUACCUUGUGCAGGUUUGAGUGUUUUUUUGUUUUUUUUGUCUCUCUGCACAUCACUUUCGUUACCCUUUAGUAUUUUUGAGCCCCGUCGACUUGCUGUCACGGACCCCUUUUGUUAUCACUUUUCCGCAAUCGCGCGUGCUAUUUUUGUUCGUAUUAAUAAACCCUUAUUUGAAUCCCUCAGUUAUUGUCUGCUUCUCGGUCCAACCUUGUUUCCGCAGACGCGGACCCUCAGAAUAUUCGGCGCCCUUCUCUUGCAUGGCCUUCGUUUAUAUACUACUCUUGAUGAGCUGGCAUUAGCUGCAGGUGCAAUGUUGGAACACUCCCACAGCUGGCUCCUCAACAAAACAAAAUCUGACCAGCAGCAAAAUGUGACACACUUGGGCUUACAUAGUCAUGGGGCAUUUGGUGGCUUCUCUUGACUUUCUUUCCAAAAUGAUUACUACUAAAACGCUCCAUUAAGGCCCAAACUGUAUGCCUGCUCACCUGUUGGUUGCCGUUGACAGAGAUAGACAUCGAAAUCUAUUUUCAGUUAAAAUGGAUUGAAUUUUUGGCAGCAAAUGAGUUUAUAAAGACCGCUUGAGUAUUCAAAAAUAUGUAAUACAGUACAUCUAGCUGACUAUACAACAUCCACGGAAGGAGAUUUGUGGUAUGGGUAGUUGGUUUGUCGGCUACGUAUGUAUAACCUGUUACUGUUAAACUAUUUUUUUUCCACUGCUAUCUAAAUGAAAAAAAUUUUUCCACAAUGUUUUCCUGAAAGCACUGUGAAAUUAACUUACAUUAUAACUUUACUUUUUGUUACAUGAGUAAUUUCUGCAAAUGCACUCUGUCAGUUCUCGUGCUUUCAUCCGCGAAAGAAAUCGUUAUUUGUGUUCAGUGCAAACAUGCAUAUUCUGGGUCUGGAGCAAAAUGUACCAUGACUCAGUUGUUUGUAAUAAUAAUUGCAAUGAUUCUAUGUUUUUUUAGAUUUCAGAAAUGUUUUGAGAGUUUCUCGUAAUAAAGAGAAAGCAGCUAUGUCUGUGCUCACAGUG